AGCAGAGACGAAAGUCUCAUUUUUGUUACUCUCACGCCUGUUCUAUGUGUGUGUGUGUGCGUCUUACGUAACGAGGUGAUCGCCGUCAUCGUCGUAGUAACGAAGAACAUUAAACGUCAAAUAGCACAAGAUUUCAGUUGCAUUUGGGCGAACAUGUUGACAAGUCGCAGUAGUUCAACUGUCACCGGUGUUGACACCAAACCCAACCAAAGUGACGCCGUCGUUGAUCACAAGCUAAACAAGAAACGUGGACGUUGUUUUUCACGUCUUUUCCAGGUCAACAGCGGUAGGAACCGUCACGCCAAAAAGAUGAGUGCCUCCUCCUCGUCAUUGCCGGAAUUGAAUGCAUCGCCUUCGGCUGCACCUCAUUCCAGGCCGACGUCCGCAAGUGAACCGUCUUCCAAACGAGUGCUCAGAGAUGUUGUCACCGUCGAUGCAGCCGAAAUGCAACAAACGGAUGUCAUCUUUGUGACGUCAUCGCCAGCCGAGUCCUGGAAAGACGAACUGGACAAACUGGCCACAGCCAUCCGCCUCAGCGGAGCUGGUGGGACCCGAGAAGAUCAAUGGAAAGACGUAAAAAAGUUGGCAUCGUCCAUCAUCAGAAGUUGGGUCAUCCGUCCGGGCAAUGGGAGCCAAUCGACCGUCAUUGCUGGACCGGAGAGUUUCGAUGAAUGGAACAAACGCGAUUUCCUGUCCUGCCCGAAAUGCGGCGGAGUGUUACAUCAAGUGGCGACCCUGGCGUGCGGACACAGUUUCUGCCGCAAAUGCACCAACUCGUUGGAUCAUUGUUUCAAGUGCAGCCGGGCAGAUAAUCCGUCUUUGCAUCCGGAUCAGUUGAAGACCAACGUCACCGUUUCGACCUUGGUCGAAAAAUGGUGGGCAAACGAACUGAAAGCCGUCGAGUUACGUAACGCCGGCAAUCAGGCGUUUUGCAACCAACUGUAUGACCAGGCCCUCGAUAAAUAUCAUCUCGCUGCUCAGUCAGCUCCUGGAGAUUUUACGUUGCUGAGCAACCGGUCGCAUUGUUACUCGAAGAUGGGCAAAUUCGACGAAGCCCUUAAGGACGCUGAUCAGGUCAUUCGAUUGCGACCAAAUUGGCCCAAGGGUUACUAUCGUCGAGCUGAGGCACUUAAAGGUCUCGGUAGGCACGAGGACGCCCUUCUGUCCUUGUUGCACUGUACGGCUAUGGAACGCUCGUUGAUGUGCGACGUUCGCGAUGACAUUGCAAAGGCACUGUACGGUAUUACGUCAUCGGUGGCCAAACAAAAGUGCCAUCGCAUUGGUGAUCGCACCAUGGCUGGAACUGCCGGUUUGGCCAGUGAUACUGACGAUUCGAGCUCGUCCAGUUGCUCGGAGGCUGCGGCUGCUUUAGCAGCCACCAGUCGAAUCUUACCGUCCGAAACGGAAGAAGAAGGGGACGAUGAUCUUGCUCUACGGCAAUCUCCGCAACGGAUGAUGGCCUUGUCUAUCCAUCACCAGGAGGUUCAUCCCAAAUUGCAUCAGAUGGUCGAUCGCAUCCUAUCCGAACUCGAAAGACUUCAAAAAUGGACACCAAAUAUUUCCUUGAGAGCAGCAGAUCCAGCCAAAGUGGACAUCUCUGAUUUCGAGUGCACGUUGUGCUGUCGAUUGAUGUGGCAACCUGUCACAACACCUUGCGGUCAUUCCUUUUGCCGGACGUGCCUCGAUCGAUGCAUGGACCAUAAAGCGGCCUGCCCACUCUGCCAAACAUCGUUAGAAAACUACCUGGCAGAACGGAGGCAGUGCCUAACCGAGUUUCUGGAUUACGCCAUGGCUACUUACCUGCCGCAGGAAUACGCCGAUAGAUCGCGCAUUCACGAUGAAGAAAUGAAAGAGCUGGCCUCAUCUCAUAAUAUCCCGAUUUUUAUCUGUACGAUGGCCUAUCCGACGGUGCGAUGCCCGUUGCACGUCUUUGAGCCCCGUUAUCGGCUCAUGAUUCGUCGCUCCAUGGAGUCGGGUUCUCGCCAGUUUGGCAUGUGCUCGUACGUCCAGGACCAACCUCACGGGUUUGCCGAGUUUGGGACCAUGCUGGAGGUGCGCGAUGUCGAAUUUUUCACGGACGGACGCUCUGUCGUCGACACGGUGGGCGGCAGACGGUUCAGGGUCCUUCGACGAGGCGUCCUCGAUGGCUAUUGCACGGCUACCGUCGAGUAUUUGGUGGACCAACCUGUUGAUCCGUCUCGUGUAGAAAUCGUCAAAGCCCUACACGAUCGUGUCCGUCAAGAGGCUCAACAUUGGAUUACCUCAGCUCCGGCUAAUCUACGCCAACGGAUAUUGGGCCAUUUCGGUGUGAUGCCGGACAUUGAACCCGAUUGGAUGACGCUGCCGGAUGGACCGGCUUGGCUGUGGUGGCUGAUGGCCAUUCUUCCAUUAAAUCCUAAAGCUCAGGUGGCGACACUAUCGAUGACUCAUAUUGAAAAAAGGUUAGAGGCCAUCCAGCGGGGAGUAGCGUACGUGCGUCAAAGAACCCUGUGACUACUACCGCAUCGUGUGCUUCCACACAUCUAUCAUCAACCAGUGAUGGUGUUUUUCUGUGUUAGCAUCGUAGUUGUUGCCUAUUAUUUCACUACCUUUUCGUCAUUCGACUGAUGGGGCCAAUUUGAAUCGGGAAAUCAAUCAACUAUCAAUCCCGACAAGGAUUUUACUUAAAGAAAAAAGAAAAAAAAAAGUAGAAAAGAAAAAGCGUUUUCUACUCUUUUGUUUGUUAUUAUAUCCUGGCAUUCCUCCCUUAAAUUAUCCAGAAAAAUAAUAGUCAAUUUAUAAAUAUGUGCGAGAGUAUUUCGUCUUUGGCUAGUCUCUCCUCUCACUCGCUUAUUAUAUAACAAUAUUCAUUGAAAACUCAA